AUGACUGUGAUCAUUUAUCACAGGAAAGGGAAGGAGCCGGAGCGCGAGAAGCUGCCGCCCAUCGUAUCGGCUGGCGCCGGCGCGACCGCGGGUUUGGACAGAGGAGCCAAAGGCCAAAUUUCCACUUUCAGCAGUUUUAUUUCAGCUGUUAGCCCGAAGAAAGAAGCCGCUGAAAACAGAAGUUCACCUGCACAUCUUGUUUUCCCUAACAUCAAGAAUGUGAGAGACCAACCACCAAUUUGCCUUGAUGUUAGACAGAAACAGCGUGUAUCUAUGGAUGCAUCAUCAUCCGAAAUGAAGGCCCCAGUCCUUCCAGAACCCAUUCUUCCUAUCCAGCCCAAAACUAUGAAAGACUUCCAGGAAGAUGUAGAAAAAGUUAAGUCAUCAGGAGAUUGGAAAGCAGUACAUGAUUUUUAUCUAACAACAUUUGAUUCUUUCCCAGAAUUAAAUGCUGCAUUUAAGAAAGAUGCCACUGCCUCAUUUAACACCAUUGAAGACUCUGGGAUUAAUGCUAAAUUUGUGAAUGCUGUGUAUGAUACCUUACUUAAUACUCCUCAAGACAUUCAGAAGACAGUACUUAAGGGAAUCAUUAACAGCCUGUUACGAGAAUGGAAAGGUCCACGAACAAAAGAUGAUCUUAGAGCAUAUUUUAUACUUUUACAGAAUCCUCAGUUUAAUAAUACAUCUACUUAUGUCAUCUAUGCUCACUUGCUACGACAGAUAGCUACCUUAGUGGAAGCUGACCAGCAUUUCCUAGUUCACUGGUUUAAAAAGUAAAUCAUUCUAUGAUAUUAAGAACUUUUAUAGUCUCACAGUUUUAAGUUUGGUAUUAGUAAUUUUACAAUAAAAUAUAUUU